AUGCUAAUCUUGAAUUUUAAAAAUUUUAAAACGAGGGCAAUAUUUUUUCCUCUAAAUUUUUUUUUGUUAGAUUUUAAUAGAACUAUUGAGAAUAAAGCUAUAAAUUUAUGGAUAAAUUAUAUUGCUGAAAACAGAAUAGUUGCUAUAGCUAAUUGUAAUAUAUAUUUAAAAAUGGCCCAAACUUCAAAUGAAUUUGUACAUCUUUUCCCAUUACUUACAAAUACACUGGAAAAUUUCAGCAGAGUCUUAAAUGCAGACUUUCAAAUAUCAAGCAGAGACUCUCAAGAGCUAAAAAGUGCAUAUAGAAGAUGAAAAAAUGAAUGUAAUCACGUAAUACAAGAAAACUGCUGAGGAGAAAUAAUGAAUAUUAUACCAAAUGAAUGAUCCAAACUUAAUAGACUGUCUAAUAGAGUAGGAAAUCAUACAGUUAGGCUUAUGCUCUGCAUGUAUAAAGAUCAAGAAUUUAAAAUUUUGGAUAAUCAUGAUAAAAACCUAUUGCUUUGGGCAUCUCUUUUACAUGAUUUAGGCAAAAGAAGCCGCCCAGAAGUAAUAAAAAGAGACCCUUUCAUCCUUUUUCAAGCUGCGCUAUAGCAAUUUCAAUAUUUUUUUAGAUUUGGAUGGAUAAUUAAUAAUGAAUGAAUCUGCAAUAAAUGAUGCAAUAUCCUUUAUUAAUUCAGCAUUCAAGACAAAUUCCCAAAAUGAAGAAAUUAUGGACAACUCAAAAAUUCCACAAAUUCUGUCACAUCUUUUUUAUAUUACAAAAUUAA